AUGUGGUCGUUAUCUCAUGCCGUGACUCUCAAUAACCAAGGCGUGGGUCUCCUGCUACAGCAUGACCACAAGGGUGCCACUACAUACUUCAUUGACGCGCUCAGUUCUGUCAAGCAAAUGCUAGGUGGUACUCAGGGAGGGAAAAGAGCGGUUGCUAGUAACACGCCACCAGCUCUCGUUCAUGAAUCCACUUACAACAUACCUGGUUUCCAUGAUCUCAACUGCUUCGUCUUUGCGAGCGCCAUCACGCUAUCUCCCAAUGUGAAGGUCUCGGAUGCGGAGAGCAUCAACGAUAUUUCAGCUGUCAUUCUUCUGAACAUUGCUCUGGCCUACCACCACGCUGGUCAGGUUGACAGGUCUCUGUUAACGAAGGCAGAACACAUGUAUGCAACCGCGAGUGAAAUUGCUACAAUGAACAAUGAUAGGCGGCAUGGCACAUGUCUUCUUGUCAAGGCGGCGGCAACGAACAACCUUGCUCAGAUCCGCCAUGCACGUGGCGAGUAUUCACAUUCCCUGGAGGGCUUCAACUAUCUUGGAUCUCUGUUUGCAACCUUUGGCCAAGUUAUCCAGCGAACAAGAGUUGAACAAGAUGUGUACCAAGGAAUGCUAAUGAAUGCACUGCUAAUGACACCUCCCGAAACUGCAGCUGCCGCGUAA